AUGAAGAUUUUGGUAAAGAUCGUGCUUCUAUUUGCCAUUGCAUCUGUAGUAGAGCUAAAAUCAGAUUCGAAAAAGCAAAAGCGCGGAGUAACAUUUUUUGGAUCGCCUGAUUUAUUUGGAAUCGUGCCAGCAUUUGGUCCUGCAUCAUGGGCUCCUUCAAAUUUUGCGGCUUCAGCCUGGAAUCCAUCGAGGAAUCCAGAUGUAGCGCUCGCUCAAGUUCAAACUCAAGCCACUCACGAUGUGGCACUUCAGGCUUUGAAAGAUCCGGCGCCUGGUACACCCAGUAUCGCAUAUCCGCCGGAAGUUUUAAGAACAAUUCAACAAGCAAAAAACGCGAACAAUAACGUAGCUCUGGCCCAGCAUAAAGUUGCGGAAGCGAAACACGCCGCGGUGAUUCAGCAGAAAAUUGCAUUAGCAAAGGAGGCAGCAGCAAGGGAAGCUGCUGCAAGGUCGCAAGAAAUUUCCCAACAUGUCGAAGCCGAAGCUAAAGCCAGCGCUCGGCAACUAGUAGCGUUGCAACAGAGAUUAGCCACCUUAAAAGGAGCUGCAGCAGCUGCUCAGAAGGUAGCGGCAGCGAGAGAAGCCGCUGCAGCUGUGGCGAUUCAAAAAACCGCAGCUGCAACUGCAGCCGAAUUACAAAAGCAAGAUGUUGAUAAACAGAUUAAUCAGAGUGAACAGGAAGCUAAGGAAAAGGAUAUAUUAGCUGCGAAAGAAAAUGCAAUAGCAGCUGCGGUUCACCAAGCGAGCUUACAAAAACAGUUACAUCAUCCUUGGAAUUGAAAAUUAUUUUAUGUCUUUUGCGGAUAUCAAUAUAAGAAUAUAUUUAUGGUGGCGG